AUGGAGGAGUAUGUGCUGGACACCGAUUGUCCGGUGUGUUACGAAAACUUAACAGAUACCGCUAGGACAUUAAGUUGUGGACACGUUUUUUGCCACGACUGCUUGGUUAAAACUCUUGUUUGUAAGAAUGUAGACGACGGCAGCACUAGAGACAGUAUCGUUUGUCCUGUUUGCAGGCAUCUCACAUUCAUCAUCCAACAGCAUGGAGUCUUAAUAACAACUGGGCCAGAGCCCCGUGGCACAAGGAUUUUGAAAGUUCCGGUGUCUGCUCAACUUGCAUCUCACACGCAUUCAUCAUCUUACAGCAGAGGUUCAAGUGCUGGGCUGGGACCGAACACGCAGAGUCGGGUUGGUCAGUGUCUGAGAUGGGCUUCAUCACGACUGGGCGACCAGAACCAGUCCAGUUCCGACAAUAAUUGCUCACAGGUCUUUAUCAUCAGUGAUCUGGGUCGACCUAUGACUGAGGAUGAUGCGGUCAAUGUUGUGACAGUUCUUCCUCUGGGCAGGUCCCACCGUCGGAGGAUUUGUUCGACCUCAAAUUGCUUGUUGAUCUUGCUAAUAACUUUUACUUUACUGGCGUUAGUGGCAGCAACAGCGCCAUGGAUCCUGUUGGCAUGA